UCCCCUUCUUCUCUCGCUUUGGUCUUUCGUUUCUUCCGUCGUAUACCUUUUGCAUUCUUUUCUCUUCCUCCCUCCUCCUCCUCCUUCCUCUCUUCACCCACCUGUUCUCUCGUUAACAUCUCUCCGCACUCGCUUUUUGUGGUUCUGCGUGGGUAUUUCUCCAUUCUCACACCUUAUCACAGCUCUCCCCGCUACUUAUCAGUUGACCCCCCCCCUCCUCUCUCUCCCCGGCAGCCACAACCUCAACAUUCGUUACGAGCUACGAAAAGUUCCUCUGGGACCGUGAGAAGCUGGGACGGGACUUGUACAUGACUCUCUCAUAGAGCCUCGCCCUCCAUCAACUUCCCCCCCUCCAUCCCUCCCCUUCGCUGGUUGUUGGCAGGGGCAGAAUCGUUCCGAGGGCACCAACAUGAAGUGGGCCUCCAGCAGCAGCUGGCUCCUGGCCCUCCUGGCCUCCCCGGCCGUCGCCUGGCCGUGGAACGAGUCGUAUGCCGCCUACAACUUCAAUCAGAACAAAACCGCCACGGAUCCCCUCGAUUACUGGGGCGAAUGGCCCAACCACACCGGCCAGUACCACCCUUCGCCGGACAACUGGCGCUUCCCCGUCUACACCUUGUUUCUGGAUCGUUUCGUGAAUGGCGAUCCCACCAACGAUAAUAUUAAUGGGACAUUGUUCGAGCAUGAUAUCGCGUCCACGCAGAUGCGUCACGGUGGUGAUGUCGCGGGCUUGUUGGAUACUUUGGAUUAUUUGCAGGGGAUGGGCAUUAAGGCGCUGUAUCUGGCCGGAACGCAGCUGAUGAACCAGCCCUGGGGGUAUGAUGGCUACUCCGCCCUGGACACGACCUUGUUAGACCAGCACUACGGUGAUUUGGAGACUUGGCGGAAUGCGAUCACGGAAAUCCACAAGCGGGGCAUGUAUGUGAUUUUCGACAACACGAUUGCAACCAUGGGUGACUUGAUCGGAUUCGAGGGUUAUCUCAACACCACCACGCCGUUUUCGGUCAAGGAACAUCGCACGCAGUGGAAGUCGGACCGGCGGUAUGUGGACUUUGACAUCGGCAACACCUACAACUCGACCUGCGACUAUCCCCGCUUCUGGUUCGAAGAUGGCUACCCGGUGCAGAAGACGGUGACCGACCAGCUGGUGGGCUGCUACGACAGCGACUUUGAUCAGUACGGUGAUGUCGAGGCCUUCGGUGUGUUCCCCGAUUGGGAACGUCAGUUGGCCAAGUUCGCCUCGGUGCAGGAUCGUCUGCGUGAAUGGUACUCCCCCGUGCGCCAACGGCUGAUCCGCCACUCGUGCAUGAUCAUCUACUCGCUGGACAUUGAUGGCUUCCGGUACGAUAAGGCGACGCAAUCGACGGUGGACGCCUUGGGCGACAUGUCGGCCGCGUAUCGGGAGUGUGCGCGGGCGGUGGGCAAAGAGAACUUCUUUAUUGCCGGAGAAAUCACGGGCGGUAACACCUUUGGCUCGAUUUACCUGGGCCGAGGUCGGCAGCCCGAUCAAUAUCCCGCCGAUGCCAGCGCCGCCAUGAAGCUCACCAACGCGUCUGAGCCCCAGUAUUUCCUGCGGGAAGAGGGCCAGAAUGCGAUUGAUGGCGCUGCCUUCCACUAUUCCAUCUAUCGCUACCUGACCCGGUUUUUGGGGAUGGAUGGGAAUCUGGAGGCUGGUUAUGAUCUGCAACCGGAUUUGGUCACCGCCUGGAACCAAAUGGCGCAGUCCAAUGAUCUGGUCAACCCUAACACCGGCAAAUUCGAUCCCCGGCAUAUGUACGGAGCCACUAAUCAGGAUGUGUUCCGCUGGCCGACCGUGGAAAAGGGUGUCCAGAGACAGCUGCUGGGCACAUAUGUCACCACCCUGGUGCUGCCGGGCAUCCCGCUGCUGCUCUGGGGCGAGGAACAGGCCUUCUACAUCCUCGAUGCCACCGCUGCCAACUACAUCUUCGGUCGUCAGGCCAUGUCGCCUGCCACCGCCUGGCGCGAUCAUGGCUGUUUCUCGCUGGAGUCCUCGCAGUACUAUAACUGGCCCAUCGAGGCUGGUCGCAAUGGCUGCCAUGACCCCACGGUGACCUACGACCACCGCGAUCCCUCCCACCCGGUGCGCAACAUCAUCAAGCGCAUGUACCAGCUGCGCGAGGCGUACCCCGUGCUCAACGACGGAUACUCGCUGACGGCCCUGUCCAACCAGACCGAGCAGGUCUUCUACCGCGGUUCCAACGGAACAGCCACUGAGACCGGCAUCUGGUCCGUGAUGCGCGACAUCAACGCGGAGGUGCAGGACCUGGGGUCUGCUGCGGCCAAUCAGUCGGUCUGGCUGGUGUAUCACAACGUCAACCGCACUAUUGACUACACCUUCAACUGCAGUCACCUCAACUACUCUCUUGUCUCCCCCUACGAGACGGGCACCACCGUCAAGAACCUGUUCUACCCCUACGACGAGCAGACCUUGAUCGACAGCCCCUACAAGCUGGGCCUCAACGGCUCCACCAAGGCGAAUGGCUGUUUCGAGAAGAUGACCCUCGAUGCCUACGCCUACCGCGCCUACGUGCCCAAGGCCUCGUGGGUGAAGCCUCAGCCCAUGAUCACCAAGUUCACCCCCGGCCACGACGUGCCCGUGGUGUCGUCGGUCGCCCCCGACGAGGACGAGGAGGUCAAGGUGGCGCUGUACUUCAACGAGGCGAUGGACUGCGACUCCAUCACCAAGUCCAUCAGUUUCAAUUCCUCGACGGAGCAGGGCAAGGCGCCGGUGCUGGACACGAGCAGUGUCACCUGCAAAAACACGACCCUGAACGAGACGCAGUCCGACUGGAGCGGCCACAUCUCCUCGACCUUCAUGUGGGAGGCCACCUUGACCGGGGUCUACAACGGUAUCCACCGCAUGACGGUCAACAACGUCAGCAAUGUGGAUAACACCGACUACACCAACGCGGUCGACCACUUCCUGCUGCGCAUCGGCCAGAUCGACAACCCCAUGAUCCACACCACUGCCAACUACUCGACCAGUCUGCUCCACAAGUUCGACAACGGCACCCUCUUCAUCCAACACCACGCCGCUGGCGCCGACAAGUACCGCUACUCGACCAACUGGGGCACCUCCUUUUCUGACUGGCUGCCCUACUACGGUGGUAACGACACCAUCACCGAGUCCCCCUGGUCCGGCACCAAGCGCCAGUCCUGGAAGGGCCACCACAUCCGCAUCGAGUACUGGAACCGCUGGACCGGCAGCAGUGAUUACGUGCAGGAGGGGGAUGCCGACUGGGACCACAUGGUGCCGCGGCGCUUCCCCCACAUCUUCUGGAACGGGCCCUACAACGAGUACGGCUACGACUCCGGCCUGGACAAUGUUGUCAGCCAGGACUUGGGGUCGGGGUUGUGGCACUACCACUUCACGGCGGAAUGGCCGGCGGUGGCCCAGCUGAACGUCUGGGGCAUGAACCCGGACGGGCAACCGGAUCAGAGUUGGGUGUUGGGCGACGCCGACAAUGACUCGGUGCUCGAUCGCAUGCCCCCGUCCUCGCUGUCCGCCACCCUGAUCAACAUCACCGAGCACCCCCCCGCGCCCUACAUCUCCUGGAACGUCAUCAUUGACGAUGCCACCAUGCGCUUCCACCUCUACCCGGUCGGCAAGCAAGCGACCCAGAUCGCCAUGUUCGUGCUCUUCUGGAUCAUCCCCCCCAUCAGCGCCUGCGCCUGCGUCUGGGUCUUCAUGAAGUCCUUCUACAAGGUCAAGUUCAACCAGGUCGGCGUGCAGGAGAAGCACACCAUGAUCCCACUGGCCAUCCGCCGCCAGUUCAAGAAGCGGCCGCGCGCUCUCGCCGAGAAGGAGGUAGGUGCCCUGGCGCGGCUGGCCAACAAGUCGGGCUUGCUCCAAACCUCCACCCCCUUGGGGGGUGCGGUGGCCGGCAAGAAGCGGCGCAUGGUGCUCAUCGCCACGAUGGAGUAUGAUAUCGAAGACUGGCAGAUCAAGAUCAAGAUCGGUGGCUUGGGAGUCAUGGCCCAGUUGAUGGGGAAGACGCUGGGCCACCAGGAUCUCAUCUGGGUGGUCCCCUGCGUUGGAGGGGUGGAUUAUCCGGUCGAUACCCCCGCGGAGCCCAUGCACGUCACGAUUCUGGACAAUGACUACGAGGUGCAGGUGCAGUACCACACGCUGAAUAAUAUCACCUAUGUCUUGCUCGAUGCCCCCGUCUUCCGCCAGCAGACCAAGUCCGAGCCGUAUCCCGCGCGCAUGGACGAUCUGAACAGUGCCAUCUACUACUCGGCCUGGAACCAGUGUAUCGCCCAGGCGUGCAAGCGCUUCCCCAUCGACCUCUACCAUAUCAACGAUUACCACGGCUCCCUGGCCCCCCUGUACCUCCUGCCCGAGACCAUCCCCGCGUGUCUGUCCCUGCACAACGCCGAGUUCCAAGGUCUGUGGCCCCUGCGCACCACCACCGAGCGCGAGGAGGUGUGCAAGGUGUUUAAUCUGAGUCUGGACGUCGUCCGCCACUAUGUCCAAUUCGGCGAGGUGUUCAACCUCUUGCAUUCCGGAGCCAGCUACCUGCGUGUCCACCAGCAGGGGUUCGGAGCGGUCGGUGUCUCCAAGAAGUACGGCAAGCGGUCCUACGCCCGGUAUCCCAUCUUCUGGGGGCUGCGCAAGAUCGGCAACCUCCCCAACCCGGAUCCCUCCGACGUGGGCGAGUGGAACAAGGAGCAGGCGAAGGCGAUGAGUGGGGAUAUUGCCGUGGAUCCGGCCUACGAGGCGGGUCGGGGCGAUCUCAAGCGCCAGGCGCAGGAGUGGGCGGGUCUCACCGUCAACCCGGAUGCGGAUCUGCUGGUGUUUGUCGGCCGGUGGUCGAUGCAGAAGGGGGUUGAUUUGAUUGCGGACGUCAUGCCGGCGGUCUUGGAGGCCCAUCCCAACGUGCAGCUCAUCUGUGUCGGUCCGGUGAUCGAUUUAUACGGGAAAUUCGCCGCCCUCAAGCUCGACCACAUGAUGAAGCUCUACCCCGGCCGGGUCUUCUCGCGCCCCGAAUUUACCAGUCUGCCGCCCUACAUCUUCUCCGGCGCCGAAUUCGCCCUCAUCCCCUCGCGGGACGAGCCCUUUGGCCUGGUGGCCGUCGAGUUCGGUCGGAAGGGCGCCUUGGGGAUCGGUGCCCGCGUUGGUGGAUUGGGUCAGAUGCCCGGUUGGUGGUACAACGUCGAGUCGACCUCGACUUUCCAUCUGCUGCAUCAGUUCAAGCUGGCCAUCGACGCCGCCCUGAACUCCAAGCAGGAGACGCGCGCCAUGAUGCGCGCCCGCUCCGCGAAGCAGCGCUUCCCCGUGGCGCAGUGGGUCGAGGACCUGGAGAUCCUGCAGACCACCGCCAUUCAGGUGCACAGCAAGGAGCGCAGCAAGACGAACGGCCGGCCGGUCACCCCCUCCGCCGGCCACUUCGCCCUCACCCCGGCGCCCCAGUCCCCCUCGCUGGCCCCCGGCAUGCCGACGGCCACCCUGCAGUCCCGCGAGAGCAGCUACGCCAACCUCAACCGCCUCAGCGAGUACGUGGCCACCUCCGACCCCACCGAGAAGCCCGUCUCCGGGCUGCAGCGCAAGCUGUCGCUGGGAUACCGGUCCGGGCCGGGCCAUCGGCGGCGGGCGGAUCCGCAGAACGAGAACAUCGUCGAGGCGGAGGAAGGCGGCGACGAGACGGACCUCGAGCCCGAUCCCCAGGACCAGUUCGGGGAGGACGAGUACACGCUCAACCACGCGGAGCUGGAGGAGGCGCGGCGUCUGCAGGCGGCGCGGCAAUCCGGGGUCUUGGUCCCCGCCAGCCCGGGCUUCCCCCACCACAGCCUCGUCCCCUCCAGCCCCGGCACGCCCCCCAGCGCCGCGCAAACCCUCCUCCCUCCCCCUACCCUCCACGAGGCCCGCAACCGGCUGUCCAGCGCCUCCAUGCUCUCCCUCGACUCGGUGGUGGGCGGCAAGAAGGACUUCAAGCUGCAGAAGGUCGACCCCUUCUUCACCGACAGCACGGGCGAGUACUACAACGCUUUCGACAAGCGGCUCGAGGAUUUGACGGGGGAGAACUCCGAGUCGCAGUUCUGUAUUGAGGAGUAUCUCGUCACUAGCGAGAAGGAGUGGUUCGAUCGCUUCCGCGACGCCAAACUCGGGCGCUUCAAGUCCCCCACCCCCUCCAUCUUCCGCGACAAGCACGGCGCCUCGUCCAUGGGCUCCUACAACGACGAGACCGGCUCGCGCCUGAGCGCCAGCAGCAACGAGGGGUCGCACGAGACCGACGACGAGUUCUUGCUCGGCAAGGACUACGUGCCGCCGACGGGCCUGCGCCGCUGGAUGCAGAUCCGUAUUGGUGACUGGCCCAUCUACAGUAUCUUUUUGAGCGUGGGCCAGAUCAUCGCCGCCAAUUCGUAUCAGGUCACCCUGUUGACGGGCGAGGUCGGUCAGACCGCUGAGAAGCUGUACGGGAUUGCGACGACCUACCUGAUUUCCUCGAUCUGCUGGUGGCUGGUGUACCGCUACUUCAGAUCGGUGGUGUGUCUGUCCGUGCCGUGGUUUUUCUACGGGUUGGCCUUCCUGUUGAUUGGGAGUGCGCACUGGAUUGGCAACGAAUUCAACCGCGGCUGGCUGCAGAAUAUCGGCAGUGCCGCCUACGCGGUGGGCUCGUCGAGUGGCUCGCUGUUCUUUGCCCUCAACUUCGGGGACGAGGGCGGAGCCCCCGUCGAGGUCUGGAUCUUCCGCGCGUGUCUCAUCCAGGGCAUCCAGUCCGCCUACGUGAUUGCGCUCUGGUACUGGGGCUCGACCCUGACCAAGGCGUCUAGUUCCGGGGUGCUGACCAGCACCGGUACCCUGGCCAACUCGUGGAAGAUGACGGCGAUCUGCUACCCGAUUGCCCUCGUCCUGUGGGCCGUGGGGGCGUUGCUGUGGAAGGGACUGCCUACCUACUACAACCAGACCCCGGGCAAGGUCGCCUCGUUCUACAAGUCGGUCCUCCGGCGCAAGAUCGUGCUCUGGAAUUUCGUCGCGGUGAUCCUGCAGAACUUCUUCCUGAGUGCCCCCUAUGGCCGCAACUGGGGCUUCCUGUGGGGGUCGGCGCACACGCACGGCUGGCAGAUUGUGAUCCUGUGCAUCGUGUUUUAUGGCUUCGUCUGGGCGGGGUUCUUGUUUGUGGUCAGUCGGUACUUCAAAGCGCACAGCUGGUUCCUCCCCGUCUUCGCCUGUGGAUUAGGGGCGCCGCGCUGGGCGCAGAUCUGGUGGGGGGUGUCGGGCAUUGGGUAUUUCCUCCCCUGGGUCACCGGGGGAUACACCGGGGGGUCCUUGGUCUCCCGGAGUAUCUGGCUGUGGCUGGGGGUGCUGGACAGUAUCCAGGGAUUGGGCUUUGGCAUCAUUCUGCUGCAGACGCUCACUCGCACGCAUAUGUUGUUCACUUUGAUCUGUUCGCAGGUCCUGGGUUCGAUUGCCACCAUUUGUGCCCGCGCCUUCGGGCCGAAUAAUGUCGGGCCGGGCCCGAUUUCCCCGGAUCCGACCUUCGGAGCGAGUGCCGUCGCCAAUGCCUGGUUUUGGGUCGCUUUGUUCUGUCAGUUGCUGGUUUGUGCCGGCUUUUUGCUGUUUUUCCGCAAGGAGCAGUUGGCGAAGCCGUAGUCGCCUGUUUGUAUUCUCUUUCUCUGUCUUUCUUCUUACAUUGAUUGAUAAAGUGAUCCGCACUCACCCUGAUGUACAUCUAAUGAUUGAUCUGUAUAGACGUCAGCUUAUACGCUGAGCAAAAUGCGUUCGUUUUUCUUUUUGCUUUUCUCUUUUUUUCUUUUUGUUCUUCUAGUUGUUGUUGGGUGGGUUCGUGGAGGAGGUUGCUGCUGUGGACUCGUCCUUCUAAUCGUGCUAGAGCCGGAUGGGUCACAUAUAUACUUGUAUAUAUAUCCGCGCAUCAUGACCAUUCUUGUGAUACCCAAUACACUACCCUUGUG